AACCAUGGAGGGCGCAGGUAACGGCUCGGGUGCGGAUUACCGGAGCCAACUCCCCGGGCUCUAUAACAGCAGCUUGUGCGGGAACUUCACCGGCGGGAACAACAACAACAACAACAACAACACCACCACGAACUUCGAGGUGGUGCGAUGCGGCGGGGACCUCAGCGUGAACGAGGGCGACGCCAACCCGGUGAUCAUAGCGAUCGUUAUCACGGCUCUGUACUCCAUCGUGUGCGUGGUGGGGCUGGUGGGAAACGUGCUGAUCAUGUACAUCAUCGUCAGAUACACUAAAAUGAAGACAGCCACUAACAUCUACAUCUUCAAUCUCGCUCUGGCCGACGCCUUGGUCACCAGCACUCUACCGUUCCAAAGUGUCAACUACCUGAUGGGGACGUGGCCGUUUGGGGACAUGCUGUGCAAGAUGGUGAUGUCCAUCGACUACUACAACAUGUUCACCUCCAUCUUCACGCUCACCACCAUGAGCAUAGACCGCUACGUCGCUGUGUGCCACCCGGUAAAAGCGCUGGACUUCAGGACGCCCCGCAACGCCAAGAUCGUCAAUGUCUGCAACUGGAUUCUCUCCUCGGCCAUCGGGUUGCCUGUCAUGAUCAUGGCCACUACCGCCCACAUUUCCUCCAAUGUUGUGGACUGCAAGCUGAUUUUCCCCCAUCCCUCCUGGUACUGGGACACCCUGCUGAAGAUCUGCGUCUUCAUCUUUGCCUUCAUCAUGCCCGUCCUCAUCAUCACUGUCUGCUACGGCCUCAUGAUCCUGCGGCUCAAGAGUGUGCGCAUGCUGUCAGGCUCACAGGAGAAGGACAGGAACCUGCGUCGGAUCACACGCAUGGUCCUGGUGGUGGUUGCCGUCUUCAUCAUCUGCUGGACGCCCAUUCAUAUCUUUGUCAUCAUCAGCGCUCUCAUCAACAUCCCCAGCUCCACGCUGCAGACUAUCACCUGGCACUUCUGCAUCGCCCUGGGGUACACCAACAGUAGUCUGAACCCCGUUCUUUAUGGCUACCUGGAUGAGAACUUCAAGCGUUGUUUCCGUGAGUUCUGCACCCCGAGUCCGUCUGUGUUAGAGAUGCAGACCUCAUCCCGGACUGGAGUCACCAGCCGCAAGCUCCCACAGCGUGAACACAACAGUGGAAACACAGGAGAAAGGUCCAAUCAGCAGGUAUGACUAGCCUUGGAGGGGUCGUCGGUGGACUCUCGCUGCUGUGGCAGCGUUACCAACGACGAUCUCAACUCUGAGGUCACGCAGGUCACCAUAGGGCUCUGACCACAGACACGUAGACACACACAUGAAACACACAAUCCAGGACAUGACUGAGAAUCGAUGGCACAGGCAAUUUUUGUCGACGUGCUGCGAGCUUAACUACAGCACUACCUGCAUGGCUGUGUAAAGCUUUCACCGAUAACAGAAAAGACACAAGGCUCAAACUCGACUAAACGGAAAAUAAAGAAUCCAUUCAACACCAUGUCCUCCUCAUUGUUGCACUACAUCGUGCAUUAACGCCACUAAAAUCUUCAUUGUUUCUUCAUUAUCAUCAGACCAUACAGACAGAGUGCAGUAUGUACAGAGAGAUGUAUAGACCGAUCUAUAAAAGCCACGUUCACAGGCCUCUAAUGUUGUGUCGUUCUCGUCUGUCUGCAGAGCUCAUUGAGCCAAUCCUCCCGUCCCGACCCUCAUCUUAUCACUAAUUGUCCCGGCCAUAAAAAAAGAAAAAAGAAAAAAAAAUCAAUGAAUUAUCUUGUGUUUGCAGAUUUCAUACGCCUUUGUGCCCGUCUGUCACAUUUCCUCCUCUUGUUUUCUUCUUGAAUCAUUCACAUGUAUUUGAGAGGACAAAGGUUUAAAGGCUGUCACCACAUGAAGGCAUUAGUGGACGCAGGGGACGUUGUCGAUGUCGUUCACGGCACCAGCUGUGCUUUUCAUCCUGUGUGUGUAUGGAUUUUUACCAUCCAGCAUUCACACAUUGAUUUAUCGUCACAGUACAACGCUGGUGUUGGGCACUUGAGGAGGAUUGACAGUGCACAGUUCUCUCCCCUCAAACCACUCUAACCCUUUGUUGCCAUUUAUUGCUCUCCCCCAUCUUGUUCCUUUCCUUUCCAUUCCGUCUUUGUAAAUACGUUUCUCCCCUGUUGCUCGACUCACCAGUAAGUUGUCGUACAGUGGAGCGCUGAAUGUUCUCCCUGCUGAACUUCCUGAAUGUACAGAAGAGAAACCUGUUAUUGUUUUUCACUCUGGAUCCUUGUGCUGAACUGUGGGUCCUUCAAAUCAGCAAAAAAGAAGACACGUGGUUCUGUUUGCACAGCUGUUGGAUCCUAUAGAGUGAACAUAUGGUACUAAAUGUACAGUAUAUGAUCAACGACGGCAUAACAGCCAUUACAGAGGUUAUGGGUGUAAAUGGAGUCAUUUCUCUGGAGUAUUUAACAAAUGAGCCAAGCAGGAUUGUAUGUCGUAAUCUGUUAAAUUGCUUGUGCUUACGUGUUGUGCUGUGUGCUCUACUUGCCGGUUGCCUUCAUCGGGAGCUCUACUUGAUAUUCUGUGCACCAGUAUUUUUUUUCUAAAGAUCUGUAAAUAUGAACAUGAUUGUAUUAAUCUCCCAUGUAAAAUACUGUAAGUAUUGUGUUGAUUUUCUUAAAAGAUGUUGCAUCAACAAAUCGUCAGAAAGUGGACCAGCAAGUCUGUGUGCUUCUAAAUAUGAAUCUCCCCUGUUUUAACUGAGGGGUCGAAUAUUCAUCAGAAAACAAUUUGUUUUUUGACUAAAGAAGGAUGGAUAAUGAUGCCACACUGUAAAUGCAGUCAAUUUUUAAAUAAUAUAAAAUAAAUUGUUAUUGUUUUCAGUCGGGCCACCAGCCACAAUGAAAGAAUAAACUGUUAUUGGCCAAAUUGUGUUAUUAAAAAAAAUAUCUAUCACAAAAAUAACUGAAGCAUUAAGCUGUUUGGAGCAUUAAUGUCACCUUCAUGCACAGAAUAGAUUUGGGAAUGAAGAGAAGAAAUAAAAUAUUUUGCACGUGUGUGACUGAGUGUAGUGUCACUAUGCUCGAGUGUUUAUUCUUCACAGAUAUAAUUCCCUUGGUAUCGAGAUGAUGCGUCAAGUGUGCAGAGAAAAUUAAUGUGUGGGUAUUGAAUGAAUUCAAAAAAUGGGCUUCUUAACCUUCAUUAUGCAGCAGCGAGUGCAGCUACAGUCAGUGCCAUUGCAUUACAUUGCACUGGCACAAGUUGAACACAGCUAAACUUUUCAUGCGGCAACGGAGGCGCGAGUCAAUCAACUCGUGUUCAAACAAUCUCUCAAUCACCUGUUCUAGUCAGCUGGUGAACCAGAGGUGUUUUCUUCUGCUUACGGAUUUUAUUCCCUGUGUUCUACUGUUUAGCAUCGGAUUGAUAGUUUGUUUGGCAGGUUAGCAUGUUGCGUGUCCCAAGCAUGAAACUGACAAUCGCCUCGGCACCGACCGUCAUGCUUGGUGCUCAUCACGACCGUUAAUGCAAUGUGCAUGUGUGAGUCCAGCGUAAGAGCAGGACAAGCUGGUGGCCCACAGUCCAUAGGUCGACUACACAGAAGGACGCAGCCCCUGAAUUGGCACAACUGUCCAACACCGAAGAGGACAUUAGGUAUUAAUGUGAUAUGCACCAUUAAAACACAUUGUGCAGCAAGUGACACAGAAUAGACUCUUAACUUAAAGGUACAUUUCUAUAAAGUGAAUCUGAUGUUGUCCCUGAUCUGCCCAUGAUGCUGCUGUACUUAUACUUAUCUUAUUAUCUUGAGCAGCACUUCUUGGAAUCUUAUGUACAGAGGAUAAUUUGUACUUCAUGAAUGACACGCUGUAACAUAAUGCGUCUAAUGUUACUGUUCAUCAGUGCAUUGUCUAUGGAAUCAAAUGUAAAUCUGAAUCUCACUGUAUGAUGUUUUCUUGCAUCUGAAU